UUCCCGGGAGAUUUCUCCUUCAGACCCGUCAGAUCCGGACCCGAGGGAUAUUAAACAUCUAUGACCAUACCAUUAAAUUCGCCCGGAAAAUAAGGGGCAUUUUGCUGCGGAGCACUUGCUUUGAUUCACACAAGAGCAGAACUAAGUUCAAGAAACGUGAAAUAAUUUCCACUUUUUGGGGCGUUUUCACUCCCCCCCCCCCCAAAGAACAGGAGACACAGGAGUGUGUUUUUCUCCUUGCACCUUUCCUCACUGGUUUUUCGCAACGCAGCGUACACGUAAUAGAUUAUAAUGUAGUCGCAAUAACGAGACAGCUCAUCAAAGUUUCCUCAGUUGGACAAUCUCAAUGGGUUUAAAUAGGCUACUAGAAUGCAGUAAAAUAUUCGAUACACUCACAACCACAAUGAAGUUUUGUCUCAUUCUUGCAGUGUUGCGCUGCUGUCUGACGCUGGUGGACGCCGCGCCGCUCCAGAAGCAGGAGAUGACGCGCGCUGUGGAGCGCGCCACGAGUUUAGCCAAGAAGAUCCUGAGCGACGUUCCCGCGGCGCACCAGGCGUGCGUCAACACCGCGGGUUUGGCUCUCUCCAGCGAAGCAGGACACUUGGAGUAUUUCUUAAGUGACCUUGGCAUCCCCGCGCCGCCGGUGCUCAAGUCAGAGGACCUCAGCAUGGACGUGAGUUUAAGCCGUAUUGUGGCCGGUCUGGACCUACACCGUGACCUCCUGCAGGACAUCCGAGAGCGCUCGAGCUCCACAGAAGAACUGAGCCUCCUGCUCGCUGAUAUCACAGACCUGUCUGCUCAGGUCCACCAGAUGCAGCAGCUGGCCCAGAUUCCCAGCACAGUGUCCCAGAAGGCAGCGUUCCCAGCGCUCUCUCCACGGCUCAGCGGUGAUUAUCAAGUCCAAGUGGCCAUCCAUCUUUCUCUUCAGCAGCUGCGCAGCUUCACACAGGACGUCUUCCGCAGUCUGCGCCACAUUGCUGCAUCAAACUAGCUGACUUUUCUGUGUGGAGUGUAUUUUUGUAAGGCUCACUGGUUGUAAAACAUUUGAAUGGGUUAUCCUUGCUAAGUUUGAGCUGAACUUUGGAAUAACUGUUGUUUUAAAUGGAUGUUUUUAUGGUAAUUAUUUAAAGUAUUUAUUGUUUAUUUAAUAUAUGACUUAAAUAUUUUUUAUUGCUGAUUUUAUUUUUAUGAUGUUAUAUUGACAGAUGUUGUACCCUGUGGGUACUGUGAAGAUAUCUAUUAAACCUUAUUUAUUACUGA